AUGGCCGAGGGAGAAGCAACAGAAGCUUUGAAAUCUCUAGAAGAUUUUGAUCCUCAAAACAAGUCCAAAAGGAACAAAUUCUCUUUUACUUGUGCUAUCUUGGCUUCUAUGACUUCUAUUUUACUUGGAUACAAUAUUGGUGUGAUGAGUGGAGCGGCUAUCUAUAUUAAAAGAGACCUUAAAGUUACUGACGUACAGAUUGAAAUUCUCUCAGGCAUCAUAAAUAUUUACUCUCCCAUAGGCUCUUACAUAGCAGGGAGGCUCUCCGAUUGGAUUGGUCGGCGUUACACGAUUGUCCUCGCCGGAAUAAUUUUCUUCGUCGGAGCCAUCCUUAUGGGACUUUCCAUGAACUAUGCAUUUCUUAUGUUUGGUCGUUUCUUCGCCGGUGUUGGCAUAGGUUUUGCUUUCUUGAUUGCUCCUGUCUAUAUUUCUGAAGUCUCUCCAACUUCAUCUCGUGGAUUCCUCACUUCCUUGCCUGAGGUAUUUUUGAAUGGUGGGAUUUUAAUUGGAUACAUCUCAAACUAUGGAUUUUCGAAAUUGCCACUUCAGUAUGGCUGGCGAGUGAUGUUUGGAAUUGGUGCCAUCCCUUCUAUAUUUCUAGCCACAGCUGUAUUAGCCAUGCCAGAGUCACCGAGAUGGCUUAUUGUCAAGGGUCGAAUAGGGGAAGCUAAAAAAAUUCUCUAUAAAAUCUCUAAUUCUAAAGAAGAAGCUCAACAGAGAUUAGAUGAUAUUAAAGAGAUUAUAGGGAUUUCCUCAAACUGCGACGACGACAUUGUUUCAGUCACAAAAGUUCAAGGUAGAGGUGUAUGGAAAGAAUUAUUUAUUUAUCCUUCACCCGCGGUUCGUCACAUUUUCAUUGCCUCGCUUGGCCUUCACUUCUUCGCACAAGCAACUGGUAUAGACGCUGUCGUUUUAUACAGUCCUAGAAUUUUCGAGCAAGCUGGGAUCCAAUCCGACACAAAUAAGCUUCUUGCAACUAUAGCGGUUGGAUUUGUGAAAACAUUAUUUGUCUUGGUGUCCACUUUUUUAUUGGACCGUGUUGGGAGGCGCGUGUUAUUGUUAACUAGUGUUGGUGGGUUAAUACUCUCACUUCUUACAUUGGCAAUUAGUCUCACGAUUAUUGAUAACUCACACGCCACCUUGACAUGGGCUAUUUGGCUUAGUAUAGCGGCAGUUUUGUCCUAUGCUGGUACUUUUUCAAUUGGGUCGGGUCCUAUUACAUGGGUUUAUAGUUCUGAGAUAUUUCCGUUGAGACUUCGAGCUCAAGGCGUGUCUAUUGGGGCGAUGAUGAAUAGGCUCACUAGUGGAGUCAUAUCCAUGACUUUUUUGUCCCUUUCGAAGACCAUCACUAUUGGGGGUGCUUUUUUUCUUUUUGCAGGAAUUGCAACUAUAGCAUGGAUUUUUCACUAUACUUUGCUCCCAGAAACACAUGGCAAAACAUUGGAGGAAAUAGAAGGAUCUUUUGGUAAUAUCUGGAGUAAACGAAAUGAUAGUUCCAAUGUUGAAGGAGUGAACGACUUAAACCUUCAUUUGAUUAGUGGUUAG